CCUUCCUCCUUAUUUACCUCGCAGUCUGUUAUUCUCCCUGCCUGGUUGCUAGGAUAACUGGGAACCCAACUACCAGAUAACAAUUUAAAUACAAAACUGCAGAACUAUGGAAAUGUACUCGAAAAACGCAAAGAAUGUCAAAUGUGAAUGUGAAGACUUCAUUUAAGCAGACAGCACAGUAUGGGGGACAUGCUGUUGUUAAUUUAAGUCACUGCACAUUACAUCUCUGAACAUUUGUAUGCAUACGUAUGAGCAUAUGGCCUUGCCAGGAAUUAUGAAUUUUGAUUUUCCCAGUUUUAGCUUAUUUGCUGCUUAAUCACUGGUGCAUUCAAUUCAAUUACUUUCACGCCACAAGACACAAGAAAUAGCAUGUGUUUCUGGAAGCAUGUGCAUGUGUACAGCAGAGCCAUUAUCAGCUUCACAAAUGGACCUGUUUUGUUGAGCCCAUCUUAUAAUAACGUUUCACUGUACUUGAUAGGUGAUGGACAGAGGAACUGGGAUACUUGAAACAGGCAUUAAUCAAAAUUUACAAGCAGGCAAUCUCUUACAGAGACAGCCAACAAAACAAUUUAUUCUGAGAUAAAAAUCCAGGCAAUCUAAGUGAAUGGGUGCAGGAGAAUAAGGCAUACUUAUCAUGUCAUAUGACCUCUUCUGGAUGCACAGGCACUUACUAAUCCACGUAUAUGUAUGUAAAAAAGAGACAAUUUUCUGUGGAAAAUGGUGCAACGCAACUAGCGUGCCUAUGGGUCAAACCUGAUGGGAAAGGAUAUUCUGCACAAGAACCAGCUUAAAAUGCUUAGAAUUGAGAAUGAAAUACCGUGAAAAAGCCUUUGUUUGAAUAUCAGCUCCAGAGUUUGCUACAUGGCUGCUUACAUUGAUCUUUGCUCUGACCGCUGUUGAAUGAAGAGACUGGAUUUCUUGUUUAGCACAAAUAAGAUUAAAUGACUGAGAUAUUAGUGCAACACAAGUAAAGAAUUAGUUAGGUGUAGUGCUGCUUGGUGAACCUUGGAAGCUAUGAGCCAGACUUUCCUUCGACCAUUGCAGGACAUCUCAGGGUUUCCAAAAACAUGGCGGGAACUCAACUUUAACUCUUCUUUUGGCACACUUCUGGCCAAAUUCCAAAUCAUGAAUAGGACAUCAUUCAAUUUCACAGACAGUCGAAUUGGAGAGUGGGAGCGGUUUGCGGAGCUGGCUAAAUACGAGUCUGACGCACAGAAACCCACCGUCCAAGCCCUGCUGAUUGUGGCCUACUCUGUCAUUAUUGUGAUGUCCCUUUUUGGAAAUAUGUUGGUUUGCCAUGUGGUCAUGAAGAACAAGAGGAUGCACUCAGCCACGAGCCUUUUCAUUGUGAACCUUGCGGUUUCAGACAUCAUGAUCACCCUGCUCAACACACCAUUCACUCUGGUUCGAUUUGUGAACAGCACUUGGGUGUUUGGGAAAGAAAUGUGUCACAUCAGCCGCUUCGUGCAGUACUGUUCCUUACACGUAUCCACUCUCACUCUCACUGCCAUUGCGCUGGACCGUCAUCAGGUUAUCCUGAACCCUCUGAAGCCUAGGAUGUCCCUCAGUAAGGGAGUAUUGUGCAUCUCUUUUAUCUGGGUUAUGGCGACAUGUUUCUCACUGCCACAUGCCAUAUAUCAGAAGCUAUUCCGGUAUAAUUACAGAGAAAACAAAGUGCGGAGCCUGUGCAUCCCAGAUUUUCCAGAGCCUUCGGAUCUUUUCUGGAAAUAUCUUGAUCUCUCUACCUUCUUACUUCUGUACCUGUUGCCACUGCUAAUCAUCACCAUUGCAUACAGCAGACUGGCCAAGAAGUUGUGGAUGAGGAAUGCAAUAGGAGACAUCACCACUGAGCAGUACAUUACGCAUCGCAAAAACAAGAAAAAAAGCAUUAAGAUGCUCGUUCUGGUGGUGGUUGUGUUUGCAGUUUGUUGGUUCCCAUUAAAUUGUUAUGUAGUUCUCAUAUCCAGCUUGGGCAUUAAGACUAAAAAUGCCCUGUAUUUUGCUUUGCAUUGGUUUGCUAUGAGCAGUACAUGUUAUAAUCCGUUCAUCUACUGCUGGCUGAAUGAGAGCUUUCGUUUGGAGUUAAAAUCUCUGCUAAGCAUGUGCCAAAGAAUCCCUGCAGCACAAGAUCACGCCCUACCACCUGUUCUUUUGCCCUAUCGUGAAGCCUGGGUGGAGCAAGCCAGCUUCAAGCAAGGUCCAUCCUCUCAGAGUAUAAGAUCUACAACCAAUGUGCAAACAGUCAACACUGACCUCUAAUAACAGGAGGCAUCAGGUAGAGCAAGGGUCCCCAACCUUUUAUAUACGUGUGAGACACAUUCAAAAAAGUGUUGGUGAACAACACAAGCAUA